UUGGGUUUUUUCCCGGAUGUGAAUGCCCUCCUCGAUCAUGCUAUUGAUAUCGUCAUAGAGGCCAUGCCUGCAAUUCAAACGGAAAUUAAGAACGAGAUUGCUCGAUGCACGGGGGCAGCUGCUCCGCGGAGUGUAGGUGUAGCCAUGAAGAGGCCUGCAUCUAGUCAGCAAGUAGAGAUUUCAUCAGACGACUCAUCUUCCUCUGAAGCAGAAAAUGAUGUUCCUCAGAGCCAGCAGCCAAAUGUAAAACCUACCUUGGAACUGUCUUCUGAAGCAUGGCUGUUUAGAAGAGCAAAAAGCUACCAGGAAUACAUGAAGUCAAUCCCAAUACCGAUUAUGCGUGGCGCUGUUAUUCCGUACAUAUCAUGGGUUGGACUGGGAGCGUCGAUGAAGCAGAUCUAUGAGCAGCCUCUGCACUACCUCACCAACAUCCACUUGAAGCAGAUGGACAGGGAGAGGCUCGGAGUAGAGGAUGAGGACGUCUCACUCGACUUGAUCAUUCAUCCCUGCAAAGCCGAGGCCACCAUCUGGCUCAUGGAAGAGAUACACCGACAAACCUCAUCUCCGCAUCAUCUUGCUCGGGUCUGGUCAGCCGACCCUAUGUAUCACACCUUUAUCGACGCCAUUUUCCCUAAGCUUGGAUCUUGACUUGGCCUAUUUUGUAGCUUUGUUGUCGAGGUGUUUCUGUGUAUGGAAUUAGUGGUAUCUCUUGUUAUAUCUAACAACUUUUCUCUCUA